GCCUAUCGCUUCUGUGGAGCUAAACGGGACAGUGCUAUGAGGACUCUCCCCAAAAGCAAAACUUGCGAAGUGUACUGCGUCUUUGGGCAUGGACACACCGCUGCACAGUCAUGUUGUUGCCUCUGUCAGGAUAAGGGGGAGUUAAAGGAGCCCACCCAGUCACUGAGCCCCCCCACGAAGCCUGAAGAUCAUGCAGAGCAUAGACCGGAGGGGGGGGACACCCCAGUGUGUGUCUCCUGGAGGAGGUGGCUGUUAGGUCUCCUGCCUUUCUUUCCGUUCACUGUAGCCCUUGCACUGACAUUCCACUUCUUAGCAUCUCCGCCCUCCUCAGUGUUCUUCCUUGGCGGCAGCGUGGAGUUCCCAAACCUGAGCUUCUCAUCAGAGCUGGCCGACUCCACUUCCCCACAGUUCCGCCUGCAGGUUCAGGCUUUGAACCAUUAUUUCUCAGAACUCUAUGAGUCCUCACCAUGGACCUCAUACUACCUGCGCUCAGGAAUUACUGCCUUCAGUGAAGGAGUGGAAGGGCUCAAUGUCUUCUACUGGAGUAAAUUCUCUGCCCCGGACAAUGUUGCCAUGGCGAUCCAGAGGUCCAGCCCAGAGAGGCUGCAGCGCAGGCUUCCUGGCAUUAAUAAGGUGCUGCGGGACAGCCGCAACGAGCAGCGCUACUACAUGGAGCAGGAUGAUGACAUGCUCCACCUGCUGGGUCUGGAUCCUGAUGACUUUGAAGUUGAUGAAAAAUCAGAUAAAUUUAAGAAUCCAAACAGCAUCCAGAGUGGGAAAUGGCAGCUUGGCUUCCAGGCAAUGUCCUUUGACCUCUAUGCCAAAUAUGGGAACAACCGCACCCUGAGCCUUGUGAAUCCCAAAAAGCCGUACUAUCAGUGGCGUCUCCGUGUGCCAUCGGGUCAUGUGGUUCGGCUGGUUGUCCUCACACUUCAAGGCGCCACACCAGGAAGCUGCACCGCACACAAGCUAUCAGCCUAUGACUUCUUACUUCCUUUACAAAACAAGAUUAUCGCCAGGUGGUGUGGGCUCCCUAUUUCUGGCUCGUCUCCUGUCAUGAAGCUAACGUCAUCUGGAAAUGUAAUGUUGGUGACCUUCUCCUUCAGCAGACAAAGAGACGGUGCAAUCUUCAAAGCCUACUUCCAGGCCCUCCCAAAAACAGGUUGUGGAGGGUCAAUUUCCUCUUGGAACGGUUCAAUUUCCUCUCCGUAUUAUCCUUCCUACUACCCUCCAAAUAUAGACUGCACCUGGACAAUACGGACACCAAUGCCAGGAUACUUGAUCUCUGUAACGAUGGUGAAGUUUGACAUCCAGGAGUCUCCAUCAUCAGAUGGCUGUGAGAAAGACUGGCUGGACGUCGGAGGAGUGAAACUGUGCAACCCAGUAUCAGACAGCAGCAAAAAGCGGGUGUUCUCCUCUCCUCUGUCGAUUCACUUCCACUCUGAUGAGUCUCUCACUAAUAAGGGCUUCUACUUGAUCUACAGAGCCUUCUCUCCUGAGAGCACAUGUCCUCGCCAGUUUCGCUGUGGAGAUGGACGUUGCAUCCCUCUAAGGAAAGUGUGUGAUGGAAUAAAGGACUGCUCAGAUGGGCGGGAUGAGUCGAAAUGCUCAUCCUGCAGGCCAGGGGAAGUGCUGUGUGGAAACGGCCAGUGUAAGCCUCAAAGCAGUCAGUGUGUGAGUCAGAGCGCCUGCGCAGACAGCAGUGAAGAGGGCACAUGUGCAGGUAAAUGCUACCACGUGUGUCCCAACAAGGUGUGUUUGCCAAAGGUCUCAGUGUGUGACGGUGUGAUCGACUGCAAAGAUCGUAGUGAUGAACUCAACUGUACCAGAGCAUAUCAGAAAGGCUGCUCCUUAAACUCCUACAAAUGUUCUAAUGGAAAGUGUGUGAACAAGAUGAACCCUGAGUGUGAUGGAGUCAAAGACUGUCCUGAUGGCUCUGAUGAACUACGCUGUGGCUGUGGUACCAGGCCCAGGAAGCGUACUAAAAUAGUGGGUGGGUCUGAUGCUGGUACCGGCUCUUGGCCUUGGCAGGUCAGUCUACAGAUGGAUCGUUACGGUCAUGUAUGUGGAGCCACACUGGUCGCCAGCCGCUGGCUCAUUUCUGCCGCUCACUGCUUUCAGGACUCAGACGCCAUCAAGUACUCAGAUGCUCGUGCAUGGCGGGCGUACAUGGGAAUGCGCAUGAUGACCACAGGCAACAAUGGAGCUGCGAGCAGACCUAUUCGCCGGAUCCUCCUCCACCCACAGUAUGACCAGUUCACCUCAGACUAUGACAUCGCCCUCCUGGAACUCAGCGCUCCCGUCUUCUUCAAUGAGUUAGUGCAGCCCGUGUGCAUCCCCGCCCCCUCACACACCUUCACCACGGGAACCAACUGCUACGUCACGGGCUGGGGGGUGUUAAUGGAGGACGGAGAACUGGCUUCUCGUUUGCAAGAGGCUCCUGUUAAGAUUAUAAACCGGAACAUGUGCAACAAGCUGUAUGAUGAUGCUGUCACUCCCAGGAUGCUUUGUGCUGGGAACCUGCUGGGAGGGGUAGAUGCCUGUCAGGGCGACUCUGGAGGUCCGUUGGUGUGUCUGGAGCGAGGUAAGCGGUGGUUCUUGGCGGGGAUUGUGAGCUGGGGUGAAGGCUGUGCGAGGCAGAACCGCCCUGGUGUUUACACACAGGUGGUCAAGUUCACCGACUGGAUCCAUCAGCAGACGAAAGGACAGGUGUGAACCGACAGAACCAAAAAAACAGGACUAAGAUUUAAGACCUGGAGUCCAUUUUGAGUUUUUUGGGAGUGUUUCCGUGGCGACAAGAAGGGUGUCAAUGUAGCCCCAACUUCUCCACAGCCUCCACUAUCUUAGACCCAAUCCCAAAAUACAGACACUGCUUUUUAAUUAUUUUAUUUUAAAGGUCCAGUGUGGAAGAU